UUAUAUUAUUUCCAAAAAUUCUUUGCGGACGAAGUCGCGUCAAUAAUAUUCUUUACUUGUACUGUACAGUAAACGUCAUAUCACUAAUACAAAUUAAACGAAAAACGAACCUUACACCAAUGAACAUAAAUAAGGUCGUCAAUACAAGAUGUCAUAUUACUGCAGUGGUGUAGACUGUACUAAAAUCAUAUGUUUUACAUUAGUGCCCCGGCAGGCCGCCAACCACCACCCUAGGUACCCACAUAUAAAUCCUCUGUGGAGUUUCACUCGCUACAUUCGAUACUCAGCCUUCGAAACGAGUGUAUCAUUCGAUUUUUUUAAACUAAAUCGAUUAAGAAUCGAGUGAUCGUGUGCAGGUGUCUUAGUUAGAAUCUGUGUUCUCAUUUCAAAUAUUUCGAAAAUGGCCUUUAAGUUGGUGAUCGUAGCUCUAGCUAUAGUGGCGUGCACACAUGGCCGUAUGUACUACAACGUGCGUCCAGUAAGACUGGUUCACGACUUGCAGCCGGCAGCGACCAUCGUACACGCCGCCGAGCCUAAACACGCUUAUGAACAUCAUCACAUAUCCGAAGAUGAACACGUUGAUUAUUACGCCUACCCGAAAUACGUGUUCAAAUACGGCGUGAACGACUUCCACAGCGGUGACAUCAAGACUCACCAUGAGAGCCGCGAUGGCGAUGUCGUCAAAGGUCAAUACACGGUGGUUGAACCCGACGGCUCUAUCCGUACAGUCGACUACACCGCUGACAAGCACAACGGCUUCAACGCGGUUGUACACAAGACAGCACCCAUAUCGGCUCACGAAGCUGCUCAUCUUCACCACUAAGUCAAUACCGAAUGGUAAAAGGCUGUAAGAAUUUUAAUCGAAAAUGUGAGUUCCCACACAGACGAUGG